AUGGCGCUGUUUGAUUACCCUGUUCCAGAUCUGGACGUCACCUUGAAAGAAGCGAGCCGGGUACUCGAGUUCAUUUUGAGCCCAGAGGAGUACACCCAGUACAAAGAUGCUCUUUUCCAACAAAUAGGAACACUUAAUGGUCUACAAAAGCAGCUGACCAGUGGUGCCUCUGGCCAUGAGAACUGGGUGACCGAUCAGUUUAAAAAGCGACUCCUGUCCUGUUUCGAUCCUCUGCCCACGUCCACAGCCAUCCCUUCUGUGCUACCACCAUGCAGGGUCACGGGAGAGGGGGCACAGCUGGAGAGGGCUGCCAGUCUGCUGUGGGCUGUAGCCAAGCUGUACAGUGAGCCGUGGCUGGUCGAGGGCGACGUACCGACAGAGCGCACGCAGCAGUCUGAAGUGUUCGCUGCCAGUCGCCUACCAGGUCAAAAUCAGGAUCAGAUAAAGGUGUACCCGAAGAGCCUCCAUGCCAUCGUGACCUGCAGAGGAGGAGCAUUUCCCAUUCAGAUCCUACAAAACCCUGGAGCAGGAAGCAGCAGUGCCUCUCCCGUACCUCUUUUCGACCUCUACACCCAGCUGGCCCACGUCAUGAGUCUUCCAGCUGCGUCGGCUGAGCGUGACCCUUCCGUGAUCUGUGGACUAUCUGCUCUUCAUCGCCAGGCCUGGCAUGCUGUCAGGGAGAGGGUACUGACGGCCGGUGGUGAAGCUGCGGAAUCACUAGGUCUGAUGGAGAGCGCCAUUCUGACGCUGUCGCUGGAAGACUGCCCUGCACCUGCCGAUCUGGCGGAGACCCUCAACGCCAUUCGUUUGGGAGGGGAUGACGGCCAGUGUCUGAGGUACUACGACAAGGUGGUGAACAUGGUGGUGUUUAAAAACGGUGUCGCCGGCAUGCUGUUCGAACACAGCGUUGUGGAUGGCAUGGUGGCUGGCCUCGUAGUAGGACGUGUGUGGAGUCUCUCAGAGUCCCAAAAUUUACAGCAAAUAAGGAUGCAAACAAUAAAAAAUGAAUCUGUGUUUAACCAGAAACCCCUUCACUUCCCAAUGGAGGGUGUAAACUUGCCAGCUCGACCUCUUGCCAGCUACUCACAAACAUGUAAUCCUAUGGUCACGUUUGAGGUUUCGUCAUAUCCGGACGUGCUGACAACACUAAGGGGUCACAGGGGUUUAUAUGACGCGUGGAUUAACUUCUCGCUGCAGCUCUCUCUAAAGCAGACCCUUGGAGACUCGGCUGCUAGCUACAUUAUGGUCACGCCUACUCAUAUGCGCCACUACAAACAUGGCCGAUGUGAUCCGACUUAUUCAGUAACAAUGCAGUCCCGUCAGCUGGUUACAGCACUGGGAUCCUGCACUGGGACGGGGAACGUCCCUCCCUACACAGAGGAACUCUUCCGACAGUUUCACUUGGCGUUUCUAGAACACAAAAACCUCAUCAAAGCCACUAAGCGUGGUAAUGGCGUAGGACCACAUUUAGCAGUGCUGCGCAGGGGUAUUUCUCAAGAAAACCCCCUCAAGAAAUAUCUAGAUCUUUUUGGAUGUCCGUCCAUCUACCUGACUGGAUCAGAUCUGAUGGAAGGUGUCGAGUGUGCUGUGGGGAAUGUCUACGCCAACGACCAGUUGGCUGUCACAUAUCUGGGAAAGAAGGACAUGGUCCGAAUUGUUCUUAACGCAAAGGGAACCUUUGCGAGCAUCCUAGGGAAGCUUAGGCACUAUCUUGAACUGAAUCUUAAGCUGGUGAUACUUCUAGCAUUGAGGUAUGCAAUCGCUGGGCAGAUGGGAGCUAUUGAGUGCCUUCUGGAAUCAAAGGAAGAGGGAACAGAUGGAUCCAAAGCUGCUCACAGUGAUCCCUUAGAAUCUUCUUUGGCGAGGAAGCCAGACUUUACCCUGGUGAUACAUGGUGGAGCAGGGGAGGACAUUACUCUGAGCAGCAAGGUGGUUGAGGUGAUUGAAUUUGCUCUACUCGCAGCCCUGAAAUUAGGAUCAAGUGUGCUGAGUCUUGGAGGCACCAGCCUGGAUGCGGUGCAGAUAAGUGUCACUGCAUUAGAAGAUUGCUUUCUGUUUAAUGCAGGUAAGGGGUCUGUGUACAACCGAGAUGGCCAGCAUGAGAUGGAGGCUACUAUUGUAGAUGGGAAUAGAAAGGACUCUGGGUCGGUGGCUUGCUUGCGUGGUGUAAAGAACCCAAUAAAGGCAGCCCGUCACGUCAUGGAAAAGAGUGAACACUCGUUGUUGACCGGUGAUGGAGCCGAGGAGUUUUUAAAGGCUCUCGCAGAAAAGGACGAAUCAGUAAACGCAGAGUACUUUCACACUGAUAUCAGGUACACAGAGCUGGCCAUGAAAAAAAACAACCAUCCUCAAACCGUAGGUGCGGUUGCUCUGGAUCGUUGGGGCAGGUUAGCAGCGGCGACAUCAACCGGCGGGUUAGUAGGCAAGUGGAAAGGUAGAAUUGGAGACACAGCAAUUGUGGGUGCCGGAAUAUACGCUGAUGAUAAACUUGCCGUGACAUGUUCAGGUGAUGGAGACGCAUUUUUACGCCAGACGGUGGCUCAUAAAGUAGCUAGUCUUCACAACCUCAAAGGCUACAGUUUAAAACAAGCGUGUCGGGAAGUGAUUCAUGAAGAUCUGGGUGCAAAAUGCGCUGGAAUAAUCGCUGUUAACCACAAGGGAGAAGCUGUAAUCGAAACCAACGCUGGAGUAAUGUUUGUUGGGUCCAUGAUCAACGGUGUUGCUCGAGCUGAAGUCUACAGACCUUUGAUGAACUUUUCAAAUGUAAUUUGGGAAACCGAAGACCUGGUGGCUUAUUUGCACCCUGAACCCUGGACCACAGGAACAACCAUUCUGACUCAAAAGUCCCUAAACAGACCAAGCAGCAUUUUUCACUUUGCUGAGUCUGACUAUGUGGAAAUGUUACUUGGUGCACAAAUGGUCGCAAACCUGCUUUGUGAAAAACUUAACGUGUAUCGCUGUGCUCUAGUGUUCAUGCCCCAUCCAGACAAGCCGGCUAAGAUUAAGAUCCUGCCUCUUCAUAGCCUAGAACCCAACUGGAAGCCUCAUCUGGCUGAGAAAGAAGAGUUCCACAUGUAUAAUCCUGGUUACUGCAGUUCGAAAAAUGGCCCAUGGUGUGAAGAUGUUCUCCUAGACAAAGUCCAAGCUACGAUCAGGGAUCAGCUCCCAAUUCUUAAUGCUCCACCUUGCUAUGACUUCCUUGGGGAUGCGUCUGACAAUGGCCUUUUUGCACGCAUUGUGAGAGGGGAGGAGCAACAUUGGCGAGUGUGGGAGGACGACAAACACGUAGCUUUUCUGACCCCAUUCCCAAACACACCAGGCUUUACAGUUCUGGUGCCAAGAAAACCAUUAUCAAGUGACAUCUUCCGUCUGGACAAAAACGACUACAAAGCUUUUAUCAUGGCCACACGAAAAGUGGCUCAACUUCUGGAAAAGGCUCUGGGUGCAGGAGUAGCUCUCAUAUUUGAGGGUAUGGAAGUUGACUACGCCCAUGCUAAGUUAAUCCCACUUGUAACAAAGCCUGGUGAAAUGAGUCCUGCAGUGCCUCCUCAGUUCUGUCCAACAUACCCUGGAUAUGUCACCUCUGUAGAUGGUCCUCCAGCAAGUCCAGAGGUUCUUAAAGCGAUCCAAACUGAAAUUACAAAAGUCACUCCACCUCACACUUGGGAAAACCCUCAAAGUCACUCCAUAUUAGCCAUCAAGAGCCAGUGGUACCGCAAUCUUUUCCAGAUCCAGAACACUCUGUUUCACAGUACAGUCGAAUACUUCAGCAACCAAUGCAAGUACGCGUAUGCUCUGACGCCCAUCACGACCGACACGAUUUCGUCGCCUAUGGGCCUGGGGUCCGACUCUGAGCCCGUUUUUGUGAGCAUGCUAGGCCAAGAUGUGUACUUGGCCGACUCCAUGCAAUUUGUGCUGGAAUACUUCUUACGGUUUCAGGAGGGACUUGCUGGGACGUACUACGUGUCUCCCAGUUUUCGAGGUGAGGACCCUGAUGCUACUCAUCUGAACCAAUUCUACCAUGUUGAAUGUGAGCUGCUUGGUGACAUGGAUGCUGCUAUUAGUGUAGCAGAAGGCUACGUGGUUUACCUGACUCAGACAAUGUUAAAACAUCACUCUAAGAUCAUAUUAAGUGUUGCAGGAACCCUGAGCCAUGCACACGAUCUGAUUGAGAGGCUGAAGGAACCUCUUCCAAGGGUGACUCUGGAGCAAGCCAUUCCAAAGAUGCCUUCUGCUGAUUGCUUUGAGUGGGUACAAGAGGGGCAGCCACAACUCGGUCGAAAGCUUACCCGAAAAGGAGAAGCAGCUUUGAUUGAGGAAUAUGGUGGUGCUGUUUGGUUGACUGAAAUGGACCAUCUGAGUGUCCCGUUCUACCAAGCUUAUGUACAAGGUUCUGGCAGAAACAAAGCAAAGGCAGCUGAUUUGCUUCUGGGGUUAGGGGAGACGAUAGGGCUCGGCGAGCGACACUCCACCCCUGAGAUGGUACUAGAGGCCCUACAACACCAUGCUGUACCAGAGGAAUCUUACAAAUGGUACAUCAACAUGAGGAAAGACAUUCCUCUUUGUACAAGUGGCUGGGGAAUGGGGACAGAACGAUACCUGUGUUGGCUGCUGCAGCACGACGACGUCCGAGACAUGCAAAUUAUCCCCAGAUUGAAGGCAAAAAAAUAUAUGCCCUAA